GACUUCAGAGCUGGGCCUGCGCCAGAGUUGGCCAGGAGCAAGGCAGCCCAGGACAGGCAGGGGCUGCUCGCGGGAAGGUUCGCUCUUGCCAGUACCAUCCCAUGAGCAGCCUCAGCGCCCCCGACCAAGAGAAAUCCUGAGGGCUGCGAGGUUGCUCACUCCUUAGAGCAUGCUGCCCACCCUCCACACCUGCAUGCAGAAACUGUGCAGGGGACGAGCCCAAGGAAUCAGGACACCCAGAGGCAGGUGAAGAAACCAAGACGCAGAGAGGCCAAGCCCCUUGCCUUGGGUCACACAACCAAAGGAGGCAGAGCCAGAACUCACAACCAGAUCCAGAGGCAACAGGGACAUGGCCACCCAGGACGAAAAGGCAGUCACCCGCAGGGCCAAGGUGGCUCCCGCUGAGAGGAUGAGCAAGUUCUUAAAGCACUUCACGGUCGUAGGGGACGACUACCAUGCCUGGAACAUCAACUACAAGAAAUGGGAGAAUGAAGAGGACGAGGAGGAGGAGGAGCAGCCGCCACCCACACCAGCGUCAGGCGAGGAAGGCAGAGCUGCAGGCCCUGACGCUGCCCCUGCCCCUGGCCCCGUGCCCAGGGCCCCCCUUGACUUCAGGGGCACGUUGAGGAAACUGUUCAUCUCCCACAGGUUUCAGGUCAUCAUCAUCUGCUUGGUGGUUCUGGACGCCCUCCUGGUGCUUGCUGAGCUCAUCCUGGACCUGGAUAUCAUCAAGCCUGACAAGAACAACUAUGCCGCCAGGGUAUUCCACUACAUGAGCAUCACCAUCUUGGUCUUUUUUAUGAUGGAGAUUAUCUUUAAAUUAUUUGUCUUCCGCCUGGAGUUCUUUCACCACAAGUUUGAGAUCCUGGAUGCCGUCGUGGUGGUGGUCUCAUUCGCCCUCGACAUUGCCCUCCUGGUCCGGGAGCACGAGUUUGAGGCUCUGGGCCUGCUGAUUCUGCUUCGGCUGUGGCGGGUGGCCCGGAUCAUCAACGGGAUUAUCAUCUCGGUUAAGACACGUUCAGAACGGCAACUCUUAAGGUUAAAACAGAUGAAUGUACAAUUGGCCGCCAAGAUUCAACACCUUGAGUUCAGCUGCUCUGAGAAGGAACAAGAAAUUGAAAGACUUAACAAGCUAUUGCGACAGCAUGGACUUCUUGGUGAAGUGAACUAGACCCAGACCAGCUCCCCGCAGAGAAGACACUGCCUCAUGGGCCUGUGCUGUCAUGUGAGGAACAGCUGCCCCUCCUGGGCCACCUAGUGAGAGGUUUGGUUUGAUGCCUCUGCCUCCCUCCUGCCAGCAUGGAUUCUGGGUGGACACAGCCUUGUGGAAGGUCCAGUACCAUCAAGAGCUGCCCAUCCAUUCCCACCCCACACUGUAUCAAAGGUAUCACAUUUUCUCAUGUUGAACACUUUAGCCUUGCUUGAAAAUGAGGAACAAAGCUGGACAAUUGCUAGUUGUAUAUAAAAUUUAGUCUCAUCGAAUGUACAGUUUUCAAAUUUCACGUGUAUAUUAAGGAAUUGAUGCAUCCUUUCAUAUGAGCAUUCUGAAAGAAA